ACUUGAUCGGGUAAUAUCACAACGAAAACAUCUAUUAUAGGUAGCACAGGAAAGUACCAGUCAUACCUGAUCACGUAACAUCACAAUGAAAAUAUCUCCUACAGGUAGGACAGGGAAGUACCAAAUUUUCAAUUAAUGAGAAAUAAAUAGAAUUUUAAUAUGCUUAUAAUGUCGGGCACAAAUGGAACUAUUAUUCCUCAACUUCCUUCCGAAGAAUUUCCUCUCAAUGUGUUUCUUCAAGCACUUUCAAAGAAGCUUUCAGAAGAAGAAUUUGAAGAACUGAAAUUUCUUUGCCAAGGUAAAGGUGGUAUUAGAAAAGGAGAUAUGUCACAGUUAAAGAACACUCUGGAUCUCUUUACUAUUCUUCGGGAGAGAUUAAUAAUAACAAAUGAGAAUUUGCUAACACUUCAAGCUAUGAUAUGGCACAUUGGACGAAACGAUUUGUACAAAGAGUUCGUUUGUUUUUGUGAACAAUUAGAUAAUACUCUUUACUUUUUUGAGGCUCCAGAAAAAUCAGAGGACGAACAAGAACAUGUGAGAUUCCAUGUAAUGGGUUAUACAUGCAUGACUGAUUUAUAUAAACUGAGAGGAGCAGUGUCGAAAAUUCUAUGUUGCCCAGAAAAAUAUGUAAUCAUAAGAGGAAUAGAACAAUGUAACAGUUUGUGGAUUACAUUGAUGAUACCGGACUGGUGUACGAACAUUUUGAUGUGUCUUUCAAUCAAAUCAUGGAAAGUUUUAGAGACACUGACAGUCGACAGAUUAUUCAUUCAAAGUGUUAGGAAAGAAAUAGUUUGCCCAUUCAACAUACCAGAAAAUGUAGCAGAAACUGAACAUGAAAAAGAUACUGACAUGACUCUUGAUGUAGACAUUGAUCUUAAUAGUGCAACCAUCAGUGUGUCUGAUCUGAAUACCCAAAAUAUAAACAAAAGAGAAGGAGGUAUUUAUUCACAUGAAGAUGAACCUCAAGAAAAAUUGUUUGAAGAAAUAAGGAAGUUUUGGUCAAAUCGAGAAGAUCAAAAAGCCAUAGCAACAGUUCAUCUCAUGGCUACAACAGAUAAGCUGAAGUUUGAACAACGGAACCAAACUUUCCGUGGCCGAAAAGCUAGCCUGGACACAAGUGUGACAACUAGUGAAUCAAAAACAUCUGUACAGAACAGCAUGCAUGAAGCAUUAGAAGUACAACGCUCAGUGCAAACUGGAACAGAGAGCUAUUUUGCGAUAGCGCCUAUUGAAGAUAAAGAUAAUAAAAAUGAUAUCAACAACAGGACUGAUAUGAACAGUAAAAAGAAAGCUAAAAGAGAAGGAGUUAAUUAUUCACCUGGAUAUUCAACAAGUCCACGACGGGCAGAUUCAGGAUUUCAAGAUCUUGAUGAAGAUGAAUCAAAAGAGAUCUGAUAAUUUUUCGAAAAUAUCAACAGAUUAUAAUUCAAAUCAAUAUUAACCAAUUAAGUAAAUUAUUGCUCAAAUGACUAGUCUUAACAACAAUCGAAAUCGUGUCAACUACAGCCAACAGGACAUUAUUAAGGUCCAUUAUGGAUACAACCAGUCAUUAUGAAAUUAAUUGUUUUUCAACCAUUCAUCUGAUGGAGAGUUGUCUCAUUGGCAAUCAUACCACAUCUUCUUAUUUGUGUUUUCAUGUUAAAUUCAGCAGUAGUUUAACUAGAAACGUAAUUUACAAGGACAUGCGAUUAUUUGAAUUGGCUUGUCGGUGACAUGGACAGCAAGUGAUAGCUUACAAUUUGUUUAUUCUCACGUCACAAAAAAAAAAAACAAUCUAAAAUAUUUGCAAUUUGAUGUCAUUAAUCUGUAUAAAUAACAUGUAAAAUUAAAAAACCAAUUGUUCAGAGAACAAUUGAAGGUCGUUUUACAUCAA